AUGUCAUAUCAUCAAAGAAGAUAUCAUCAUGGUCGUCAAGAAAACUAUCGCAAUAGAUGGAAGAAUACUCAUCCCAAACCCAAAGAAAGUUUCUACAAACCUCUACCUGAAUGGGAGAAAAAGUUCUGCAUGGAAGUAGGUGCAUUGUCAUGGAGAAGAUUCGUUGCAGCAAAAAAGAACCUGCAUGAAAGUGACAAAGUAUUCGAGUGGGAUGAUUCGGCUGGGUUAAAAGCUUUUCAAGAAGCCAAACAAAGAUUCUGGGAAGGUUAUCACGGACAUCCCUGCAAAACAAGGUUGCCGAUUCGUGCAGAGGAUAUGUAUAUCGAUGAAAAUAUUGAUUGGAAUCCCAAGAUCGAUGCUAAGCUUUUCUCGGAACACAAAUCACUUUCUGAUGACGAAGACGAUGAGAAGGGCGAAGCUGAAGAAAUCAAAUGGUUUUCAAUUCCAUUGGAGGAGAUUAAACCCACUGGAUGGAUCCUCUACGAGGAACCUACUCCACAAUUGCCUACGAUUGUUGGAUCAGAUUAA